AUGUCCUCGUCUACGCAUUAUCACAUCCCUCCGUAUGGUGGGUAUGGACCUAACGAUGGUGAUGAUGUGGAGGAAGAGGAGGCGGAAACGGAACAGGUGAGCUCACUGUUCAGUUACGUCAACCGAUUGGGUGAGAUUGAGAAUUCAAAUGUUGAUCUUGAACGACGAUUAAACGAUAAUAUGAUGGACACUAUGGAGAGGAUAAGGCAAGAACAUGCAGGCCAUAGAAGAGCUAUUGAGGAAAAGGAGCACGAGAUUGGUGUACUUCGACAUGAGUGCGAGACGGAGCGGAAUGUUAGAAAUAGGGAAGUGUCGAACUUGAAGGCCUCGUUAGAGAACGAGAAACGAUUAUUAGGAGAAGCUCGUGCUCGAGAGGAAGAACUUGUCAACGAAUGUCGCAUCAAAAUUUCCGAUUUGGAGGCCGAUUUUGCCUCCCGGGAAAGGAUACUAGUUGAUCAGAAGGAGGAGAUGGAAAGGUCUCUGAGGGCGGCUAUUAAGAGGCUUGAAAACGAGGUAGAAGAUCGAUGUGAGAGCUUCAGAGCGGAGGAAAUGGUGUGGGAGAAAUUGAGAGGGGAUACUGAGGGAAAGCUGGUUGAGCUGACGGCUGAUAACUCGCGACUUCGGCAGGAAGUUAAGGAACUUAGAGCGCAGUUGGCAGAAGUGCAGGAAAAGCUUAGAAAGGCUGAGGUGAAUAUUUCGCUGAAGAAUAUUCCUUAG